AUGUCCGGAAUCCCCCCAAGAAAUCGGAUGCCAAGCUCAACGGCUUCCACUAUGGACCCCAUGGCUUCUUCAACCGAGUCAACUUUUAAUACCUCUCCCACUGUAAUUUCUGGCCCAUCACCAAAAGAGCCUGCUUUCAUCUCAUCGAAAUGGGGAAUUGGGUGGAAGACACCGGCUGUGAUGCUUGCAUCAUAUGUACUGGCUGUUGGCAUCGCCGUCGGUCACCUCCUAUUUUUCCAGCACAUCGACGGCAAGGAAGCAGACGGAGCUCAUCAAAUCGUGUCUCAGUCAUACGUUUCAACAGCAUCUAAUAUCCUAGCGAAUGCGUUUGGAUAUGCUCUUCGUAGUGCUCUGGCUAUUGCAUUCGCUCAAUAUCUUUGGCGCCUAUUUCGAGUCUCGGCACUGAAAGUUUCAACAAUCGAGGAUCUUUUUCUGGUCAGAGCAAAUCCUCUAUUGCUCCUUAAGGGGGCUGUUUUGCGCGCUACCCCAUUUCUCUGCUCGUCUGUACUUCUCAUGUGGGCCUUGCAAGUUGCGAUUGGGUUCCCACCUGGUGCCAUUACUGUCGUCACACGCCAAAAGAUUUCGUACAACAUUACGAAUAUACCGUCUUACAAUGCUUCCUUUAUGGGAAAUGGCUCUGGUACUGAUGCAGAAACAUAUGCACUUAUCACACUAGCGCCUGACACAGACACUGAUGCUGGCUUCAUAACCGGUGCAUUUAACGAAGGAAAAAACGGCAACCUGAUCAACCGGCUGGCUCGGCAGGUCCUAAUCUCAGGAGAAGCUCUUCCAAUGACAUCGCCUUGUGGCCUGAAUUGCUCUUACAUGACGGUGUUUGAAGCUCCUUGGUUCAACUGCUCCAACUUAUCGACGACUUAUGCUAUAAGCAGUAACCUCGUACCGGCUGCUUCUCAGAUCUUUAUCAGUCAAUGGUAUUCCCCCUCUUCCUCUUCCAUGCCGCUCACACAUCCCGGGUACAACGGGACGCAUACUCAGGCACUUCUGAACACUUCAACGCUCGCCAUAAUGUCCGUGAACUAUACGACAGAUCCGAUCUUGGGCCCACAGCUUAAUUCUGCGGUGAUUAGGCAAGACAAUCUUACAUGUACACCUGGACGUGCAAGAUACACAAUUAACAAUACAUACGAGAACAACGUUCACUCAAGAAAAGUGGUUUCAGCUGUCCCUGUCGAUAUACUGACAAACUUAGCACUCCGGACACAUGACAAUGUGGUAAUUGUCCCUGGUUUCAAUGCCGAUCAUGGUACCGGGUACGGUACUAGGCCUGCAAACUGGUCAGCAGCUGCCCUGGCAUACUACCGUGAUAAUAAUAUGAUGGCGAUUUUCAGCUCCAUGGCAUCCUGGCUAGACGGCCACUUUGAUGCAGUUCUACAAGGAUACGGGCUACCCCACGUUGGAAACAUCAGCACCGCUCCGCACUGGCAAGACGUGGUCAGUACCCAGUAUUCUGGCGUGUCAGUCUCCGCUGGAGCAAAUGGCACAAUUGCUGAUAGUACUCGGCUUAACGCCAUAUUCGGAACGUUUUCUGCUUCUGGCGUACUCACCCCCCAAUUUAGUGUAUCCCAAGAAGUCUUAAAUGACUACAUGCUCAACAUGACCACUUCGAUAAUGGUGGCGUACGGAAUGUGGUCCACAACCGCGAAUGCUACUAUCUCAACCCCAAUCAACGUCUACAGCUUCUCUCGACCCCUGAUGCUUCUCAUCCCAUAUUUCUUGAGUUUAGCUCUCGCAGUGCCCUUUAUUCUCAUGGGUGCCCUUGCACUGGUUAUGAACGGUGUGUCAGCCAUAGAUGGCGGCUUCAUGCAGACUAUCACAACUUCCACUGGGAGUGCUGUGCUGGAUAGAGCUGCGGCCGGAGGCUGUUUGGGUGGCGAGGAAAGCGUACCAAAAGAGCUUAAAGACCUGAAGGUUCGAUUCGGCGAGUUCAUUGGCAGGCAAGAGUCGGGAAGGAUUAGACGCGCUGGCUUUGGAGUCGAAACAGAGGUCACGGCUCUGGAAAAGGGUGCUUUGUAUGGAAUAGCAAGGUGGAUUUGA